AUGUCACUUUUCCGCUAUAAUCCUCGCGAUUACUUCUAUACCUCACCGAUGGAACGUUUCAUAGUAAAUGCUCUUGAUAACGCUUUCGGUGAUAAAUCUUCAUACCGACCCCUUCAAAGUGUCGCACCAUACUGGCUACAUCAGCCGGCGUUGAACGAAUGUAAUAUUGGAAAUGCGCUUGGCGAG